UUUUGGCUAACGAACGUCCUGUCCUACCUGUCAUUUCAGUAUUUCAUUGUUUUGAAUUGAAAGUUUUACCGAACGGUAUUAUUUAUUGCGUCGUCGCAUCCAUUCUUUGUCUGAUUAGAUUUCAAGUUGUGCAAAUUAGUUUUUAAAAUAAAAUUAAAAACUUAUUUAGAAACAACAACGUAUUUACAGCAGCAUUUUAAUAAUGGCUGACAUGUUUCAGGAGCAGGAAAAGCAAGUGAAGAAACUGAAAAGGCUCUUAGAAGGUUGGCGCAUGGCACUACUGCCACUAAAAUCCAUCAUUCUCUGGGAACAGCAAUGGCAUCCUUGUGUGAUAAUUGGUUCAGUCUCCUUUCUCUACCUCCUGAUUUGGCUCCUGGAUCUGAAUACUCUGACCACAAUUGCCCUGUUGGGUAUUUUACUUAAUUUUAUUGACUUCAUCAUUCCAGUAAUAAGCAACUCUCUUUAUGGUCCAAGUGCUUGGACUGGUCAAAAGGAAAAGAUGUUUGAAGAAAUCUGCCGAAGCAUUGUUCUUAGCUACAACAAUUUUAUCAAGCAAGUUUGUAACUUUUAUUCACUCCGAGAAACUGGCCCUUACAUGUACUAUAUAAUUUCCAUAAGCAUGCUGAUAACACUGGCUUGGAUCACAUCCACCAUCAACAAUAUCUUCCUGUUUUACAUUUUGUCUGUGGUUCUGCUGCUGUGGCCGGGUGUACAGCACAGAGGAAUUAUCAAUGCAAUGCUCUCUAUGGUCAAUUUGGGACCAAAGACAUCCAAAUUAGAAUAAGAUCCCAUAGAAUUAUAUAGCUUUUAUAAAUUGUGAAGUGUCUGGUCAUUAAGAUUUUAAGUUUAAGCUUGACUUAUUAAUGUGAGCUUUAAAUUUAAAUGUAUGAUGUGUUAUUAUUGGUUAAUUAUAAAAGUAGCUGAAAAUUAAAUUGUUUUAGUCAGA